CUUAUGAAUUUGCGAAUAUCUAGUCAACUCUUGAUAUGUUUGCCAGCGGAAAAUGUAAAAUAUGCUGUCAUCGAAUAUAAAAUGCAUAAUCCAGUUACAAGUUUAUGAUGGGUUAACAACAUUUCAUUAUUGCAGUAAUGGGGAGCCAAUGAGCAUUUUGAGAUCCAACCGGAGAAAUGUAGAGAGAAAAAUGCCAUACCGCGAGACAGUAUGCGUUUGGCUGCGAGCGAAAAGGAAAACCGAUUCAAGUCAGCACAACGUCUUUUCAUCGUAACCGUGCUCAAUGGUAGUUACGAAUCGUCAGUCGAAGCGAUACAAACGUUGGUGAAUCAAGCACAAACCGUCCGCGAAAAACAGCUCUUUGCUCGGUCUCAUGAAAAAUGGAAUGGAGUGAAACGAGUUUUUGAAAAAAUAAAGCCACACAUUGCAACUGAAGAAGUAAUUUCGCUUUACAGCAGCAGCAGUGCAGUGUCGCAGGAGAAAGCGAAAUUGUGAAAAAGUUUUUAUUUCAUGAAAAUGAAGUAAAGAUAUUAAAAAGAGAUUACAUGCGUAAUCAACGCAAUUUGGCGAACGACGAAUGAAGAAACAAAAAACUGGCCAGUCGUGGUACCGGAAUGGAAUAGAUGAAGAAAAAGAAGAAGAUCAGAAGAAAUUCGGAAAACCGCUGCAGUAGUAGGUCACUGAAUAUGUAAUAAAUAACGUCACUGGAAAAUCUAGAACCAAUCGAUUGAAACGUUUGCUACUGUAACGAAAGUGUAAGUGAGAAAAGCAGUGAAACCAAAAAAUGGACUUUUGAUCUUCGAUGGCGGUAGUGUGAUGUGAUAAUACGCUCACGAAGGAGCUAAAGCAGUAAGUGGAAACUUCAACAACAAAAAAAAGUGUCUGGAAAACAAGAGUGCAGGCUGGUCGGUGGAUUUCGCAGUUCAAAAACCAUUCACCGAAGUGAGCCAACAUGUAUCGACCGAAUUUUUACGAGUCAACGUGUUUACGGUGCAACGAGAUUGUCUACCAAGUGGACCGCGUGGGGCCCCUCAAGGAUUUUACCUUUUUCCAUUCCGGCUGUUUCAAGUGUAAAAAAUGCGGAACAAAACUCACGUUGAAAACGUACUACAACAACCAGCACAACCACGACGACAAAGAGGUGUACUGCUGCUCACAUGUGCCAAAGAGUGGUCCUGGACAUUUCGACCAAACAUCAGUUGGUAUUAGGCAAGCGCUAAAUGUACCUAAGAGCACAAACUACGUCAAUGAGCAAAUAAGAGGUCAUCGAAACGACAGCAUCGACGGCCAACAGCGGCAAGCCACUCCAAAUGGCUUCAAUGGCAUUCGCGAAGGUAACUCGCCACCGCAGAGUGAUCCAGAUUACAAAUAUGGCCGAUUCGAUGCCAGUGCCUUACACAUUGCCCACGCGCUCAAACAAACGGAAAUUCAAAAGGCGUACGAAAAAUCGCGGGAGAAACCGAUUGAUUAUUAUUUGGCUCGUGAGGAACAAGCCAAGUUGGAGAUGAAGCAUCGAAAAGAGGAAGAUGAUUUAUAUAGAAAAUUCGCAAGAAAACGUGAAGAGGAAGACAAACGAAUGCAAAGCGAAAUACAGGAUGAAUGGGAACGUGAACUUCAAAGAUUGGCGCACAAGUUUGAAAAGGAGAUGACGACCUCUAGGCGAACCCGCGAGGAUCAGAGCAUACUGACACUGAAGCAUGAGCAGCAAAAAGAAGAUUUAGAAAAGAAUAUGACGAUACGGAAAACAAAGAAGAAAGAAAGUCUCACGAGAAAGCUGCUGGAGCAUGAGCGAUCUGAAACGGCAGCUCUGGUAGAUCGGCAGUCAAGCGAAAUGUUGGAACUCAUUAGUGCGCGACGCAGCGAGUAUAUGCAAACUGAGAGUAUAUUCCUUGACGAUGAGUUUACCGAGGGAACAGUCACGUUAGAAUACCCCUUGGUAGCGCCAAAUCCCGCUCCACCAGCACUCAGCAAGUUCCAAAUAUACAAUGAUCCGAUUGAAUUCCAAGACGUAGAUCAGAUCGCCAUUACCGUAGCCCAAGAAGACCAGAAAACCUUCACGGACCUUGUGCGUCAAUUGGUGGGACGGUGUACCUCAGAUAUCGAGAAAGCGAGAACCAUAUUCCGAUGGAUUACAGUAAAAAAUCUGAACACAAUGACUUUUGAUGACGACCUGCGUGGAGACACUCCGAUGGGAUUACUUCGGGGCAUUAAGUUUGGAACAGAGAGCUAUCAUGUUCUUUUUAAACGAUUAUGCAGCUAUGCUGGACUCCAUUGUGUUGUCAUAAAAGGCUACUCAAAAAGUGCUGGUUAUCAACCAGGCGUCAAAUUCCAGGACUCAAGCCAUCCGAAAAACUCCAGAUUUAGAAAUUCAUGGAAUGCGGUAUACGUGGCAGGUGCAUGGCGUUUUGUCCAAUGCAAUUGGGGUGCUCGUCAUCUGGUAAAUGCAAAAGAAGCGCCAAAAAGCGGAAAGGGUAAAAAUGAUAGUCUACGGUAUGAGUAUGAUGACCAUUACUUCCUUACGGAUCCUCGAGAGUUCAUCUACGAGUUCUUUCCACUGCAAGAGGAUUGGCAACUACUCAAGCGUACGAUUACGCUAAAUGACUUUGAGAAUCUUCCUUUUGUGCGAUCACUCUUCUUCCGAUAUGGCCUUCACUUUGCGGAUGAAGGAUAUGGUGCUGUUGUGUAUACCGAUGACACAGGCGCAGCGACAGUCAGAAUAGCUAUGCCAUCCGACAUGCAGGGUUGCUUGAUAUUCCAUUAUAAUCUUAAGUUCUACGACAGCGAAGAAGAUUCUUACGAUGGAGUAUCACUGAAACGCUUUGUCAUGCAGUCCGUAAUAAGCAACAUAGUAGCAUUCCGAGUGCAUGCGCCCUGCUCUGGUGCAUUUUUAUUGGACAUCUUUGCGAAUGCUGUUACACCUCAAGAGUACCUGACCGGUGAACCGAUGAAGUUCAAAAGUGUAUGCAAGUUUAAGAUUUGCUGCGAGGAGUUACAGACUGUCAUGGUUCCACUUCCAGAUUGUGCCAGUGGAGAAUGGGGACCAACCAAGGCCACUAGGUUGUUCGGACUCGUACCAAUUACUCAUCAGGAACCGUUGAUUUUUGCUGGACGAGGGAUUGAGCUUCAGUUUCGAAUGUCACGUCCGUUGACGGACUUUAUGGCAACACUGCACAAAAACGGCAUUGAGGAGAAGAAGCUCUCCAAAUAUGUCCAGCACAACGUUGUGGGUGACACUAUCACCUUCAACAUCAGCUUUCCUCAAGAGGGCCAGUAUGGCUUAGAUAUCUACACGCGAGAAGUUGGGUCUAUCAACAAUAACAACAACAACUCAUCAAACGAGAAACAUCUGCUUACACAUUGUUGCAAAUAUUUGAUAAAUUCUUCGAAGAGAAACUAACAGCUGUUGCUGGAAAUUGCUGAUAAUCAAUUCUCGCUUCUGCAGAUAUACCUAUUGAACAGUAUCGUUAUGUUCGUUACAUCACUUUGUUAUUUGUUCUUGUAAAUAUAGUUUAUAAUAAUGUUCGCUUCAAGAUGAAUCUAUUUUAAUGUAAUGUUUAAUGAGAAUUAUAUUUAUUUUUACAAGUAAAUAGCUUAUCAUGCCCAGCACUAAUAUAGAAACAAAAACACACUGAUGUAAAUAAACUGCAAGACGAAUGGAUAUUUCUCUAUCGAAUAAACUGUACAUUUCUGAACUCA